AAAUGUUUGAGAAGGGGUUGAGGGCUGUGAAAACUCUACCACGGUGAUAGAUGUCAGAUCCAGGCAAGUGGCUCAUAUCUGCUGCCUUGCGGUCCAAUAGAAUCUGCCAUGAAAUAUCAUUUGAAUCAGACAAGAAAUUUUCCAUCUAGUUUUCAGCCUCCUUUCUAGAUCUUACAUCAUCUUCCAGCUGAGUCCAUUGGCCCCCCCAGGAAAGCAAAUAGGCAGUGAGCCCUCUCUCUGUAUUCGUCCUACUUUGCUGCCACCAGAUGGGACUCGCCCUGUUUAAAAUCCAGCGUUAAUCAUCUUUCAACAGCAUCUUCCAGCCUGACACAAAAUGUAGUGGUGCUAAAGGAAUAAAAUGAUAAAGCAGGUAGGCGAAUGAAGGAAAGUCUGAAUGGAAUGUGGUACCCUCUGCAUAUUUGGAAGCAGUGGUGAUGCGGAUGUAAGCACUGACACAAGAAAGCUUUGUUGAGCUGACAUCAGCCCGAAUCAAAGAAGAAAGGAAUUUCUGCUCAGUUCUCUAAAGAGCUACAGCAUUGCUUGGAAGCAAAGAAGAACUUCAGUCCAGUCCAGUCCCUCAACCAUCUUUUUUUGGUAUCAGAAGGGCAAAAUAACGAAUUUCUUUAGCUCAUUUCAGUUCUGUUUUGGGGGGGACUUCUCACUUUGUUUUUCACUAAAGAGCACCUGGAAGUGAAUGUAACUUUAACCAGCUAUAUUGAAAAGAAGAAGAAAAAAUAUUUUUGGGAAAAAUAAUCCUGGGUAAUAAACCUCCAAUCAAGGCAAAACCUGAAACAGCACCUCUCUCCCAUCUGUAGGAGUCCUUAGUAUUAAUUAUCACUUUAUAGCUCUCAAGUGCUUUGCAAACAUUAACUCAUUUAUUUGAAAGAAGCUUCAUAUAAAACAGAUUUUUGUUGAUUUUCAAACUUUGGGUUUUUUUAGAAAAUUCUGUUUGAAAUUUGUUUUCAGUUUUUCUUCAUCUGAUGUGGCAGAAGGCUAAAAUCAAUAAUAUUUGAUUUCAUUUUAACUCCUGGCCUGGAGUCUGUUUUCUUCAGAGCACAUAAACAGACCCAUUACUGAUGCUUGCCCCCAGGGGAAUGUAUUAGUUGCUGGUUCUAUUGUCUUAGCCCAUGGUGCUGCUGACAUAGCCACAAGCAAUGGCGAUGUUGUGCUGCUGGCUGCCUGACAGAUGGGGACUGGAAGGAACAUGAUGCUGGACCAGAGGGAUUUCUCAGACCCUCUCUGGGGUGCAGACUCUGACCAAGAAUCCCUCACUGGGAGUGACCUCAGGGGAGACUGCUGCUUCCUGGAAAACCUAGCCCUGACAGCAGAAAAUGGAGAAAAUGCCAGGUCUGGGGGAGCAGCCAACCUGCAGCAUCUGAGCCGGGAAGAGAAACGACGUAGCCGGCGGGCUACAGCAAACUACCGCUCAGCUCAUGCCACCCGGGAGAGGAGCCGGGUGGAGGCAUUCAACAUGGCCUAUGGGGAGCUCCGGCAGCUGCUGCCCACUCUGCCCCCCGACAAGAAACUCUCAAAGAUUGAAGUCCUCCGGCUGGCCAUCUGCUAUAUCUCCUACCUCAAUCAUGUUCUAGAUAUUUAGGGGGCGAGGGAGAAGGAAGAGGGGAGAGAAAGAACUAGAGAGGAAGAAAGAGUGAGUGUGAUUAUUUAUUUAUUUAUUCGUGCAUUAAUUAUUGAGAUCAGUGCUUAGUGCUGUGCAAAACAUAAAAAAGUCAUGGUCCAGGACACCUGGAGCUUCCAGUUAAAUUCUGGCAUCAGCUGUUCAUGCUUAGCUCCCAGUGAAUUCAGCUGGAGUUUUCUGUAUAUUAGUGAAGGCAGAGUGAGGCCCUUCCAGUCUAAGCAAGACAGUACAGUUCAAACACAGCAGAAGACGGGAAUCUGAAGAGCCCUCACUCCUCACCAAGAGAAUUAGAUGAUGAUCUGCUGAGGGAGAGGGAGCAGACUACAAAGAAUAUCAGAGGGAAUCUGAAAAUUGAAGGACAAAGGAUAAAUUCUGCCUCCUUGAAAGUCCAUCUCUUCCUUUUGAAGUCUCCAGGGAGACAAUGCUCUCAGUGAUAUGUUAUGAGUCAUCAAUAAUAAAACAAAAGCACACAUCAGAGUGGAUUGUUGGGGGACAAAGAGAGAAGGAAAAAGAUUCAGGAGACACACACACGCACGCACGCACACACACACGAGUCAAAGCAGACAGGAGUUAUGCAAUAGCUUUUAGACCCUGAGUCUUCUGGUUUUUUCCCUCUUGGCUCUGUCUAUACUUGUCAACAAGGCCAAGGAUAUCAUAACAAAUCACAGUUAAGUUCAGAGACAACAGGAAGGAGGAAAGGUUUUGCUUCAUAAAACUACCUUGUGGCUGCAUUCAAAUGGCUCUUAUUUAGAAUUGACAGUAUUUAUCCUUAGUUUCUAUUCAAGUUUAGUUAAAAGCAGAAAAGUGGCUCUGUAAAAAUGACAUUGUAGAAAUUGCAGAGUCAUUCUCUCUGUUGCCACUUAGAAAAUUUCCACUGAAACAAAAUGUAGAUAAAUAAUGCAAAAGAUUUUAUGUGACUUUUUUUUCUGUUUUCUGACCAUCUCAGAUUUUCUCUCUAUGGGCCUGAUUGUUCUCUCAGUUACACCAGUUUUACACCAGCGAAACUCCAUUGACUUCAGCUGGGUUACUUCUGAUACACACCAGUGUUAGAGCAGAAUCAUGCCCUAGGUUUCCCCAUCAAACCUGUUUUAGUUUAUAUGUCUCAAAAUCCAAAUAGCCAAUCAUUGCACCCUCAGCAAGUUUGCAGAUGACGCUAAGCUGCGGAGAGGGGUAGAUAUAUUGGAGGAUACUGGUAGGGUCCAGAGUGACCUAGACAAAUUGGAGGAUUGGGCUAAAAGAAAUCUGAUGAGGUUCAACAAGGACAAGUGCAGAGUCCUGCACUUAGGAUGGAAGAAUCCCAUGCACUGCUACAGGCUGGGGACCAACUGGCUAAGCAGCAGUUCUGCAGACAAGGACCUGGGGAUUACAGUGAAUGACAAGCUGGAUAUGAAUCAACAGUAUGCCCUUGUUGCCAGAAAGGUUAACAGCAUAUUCGGCUGCAUUAGUACGAGUGUUGCCAGCAGAUCAAGGGAAGUGAUUAUUCCCCUCUAUUUGGCACUGGUGAGGCCACAUCUGGAGUAUUGCAUCCAGUUUUGGGGCCCCCACUACAGAAAGGAUGUGGACAAAUUGGAGAGAGUCCAGCGGAGGGCAACGAAAAUGAUCAGGGGGCUAAGGCACAUGACUAUCCACACAAAGUCAAUUACUAUACCUCUUAAAGUACCUUAGUAGCUCAGUUACUAUACCUCUUAAAGCUCUGUAUGCCAUGGUUUACAAUUCAAAAAAUGAUUUUUUUCAUUGCCCAAGGUUUCAUGCUUAAACCUCAAACCUGUGAGCUGAAAAUCCAUGUAUGUAUUUUCUGCUUCUUUCAUUAUCACCAGCAGCUCCUAUGGCAAUUUAGAAGCUCUUUCAAUUAAUGAAUUGUAAAAAUACCACAAUCUGAAAUUAAUUAAUGGAAUUAGAGGAGACAUGAAGCAGAAGAAGUUUACUCUCAUAGCUUUUUUAAGUCUGCAGCAUUAAUGUUUAAGGAACAUGCAUGUGUCAGCAGAUGGAGGGUAAGAUGCAUCAGGCACAGAUUUGUUGAGUUAGAAGGUGCCAUUCUGUUUAUUUUCUGAAAUUAACAAUAAUUACAAGAUUGGGAGGUGGGUGUAUGUAAAACCAAACAUAUUUUUUAACUUGUUUAAAUAGAAAAAUUGUUGGUAAAAAUUGUCAGAUUGUUGCAGAUUUAAAAUCACAACUGGCAUUUUUACUAUUGUUACAUUUAAUUUAUUUGUCAAGGAGCAGAAGCAACAGUGCAGUCUUUGCACAAAGUAAAGAAACAAAGGAUCUGAGUAUCAGGGCUGGCCUUAUGGACAGGCAGUCAGGGAAGUUGCCAUGGCGAAUUUCCAGAGCCAUUUUUUUUUUUUUUUUUGCUUGCUGCUUAGGGACCACUGAAAAUGUUUUGCAACCUGGUACUCCCCAGCCCUUCUGAGUAUCUCCCUAUGAGGAGAAUUUCUGAUAAGAUCAAAGGGCUUGCAAAAUCAGGCCCAAACUGUAAACUCUUAAAGGCAUCAGAAAUAACAAGGUAUAUGGAAUUAAAACAAUCUUUUUUAAAAAAGUACCAUCACAAUAAACAUUAAUUAGCCACCUCACUGGUAACCUCAGUAUUGAGGACAGGACUGAAUUGUCCUUGCACACUGACUUCCCUUCACAUCUCUACAAGUGAUUUUUGCAUCUCAGAUUCAAGGUACAUUGAUGGAACAAUAUGAGAGCAUCUUACAUUGCUACUGCCCAUGCUAUAGCUGAUCUGAGACCUAAACAGAAAACUUCAGUGUUCAAGGGCUGCUGAUCCUAUAUAUAUAUAUGUAUAUUAAAAAGAGAGACAAAAAUCUAAAGUAGCAAUAAAAAUAUGACAGUUACUGACUUCUCUCUUGCCACUUCCUUAUACAGGGUUGGCAACCUUUGUAGCCUUCUUCUAAAACUCAUGAUUGUACUCCAGGCUGUCAUGCAGAUUGGUCUUUCAGAGGCCCACUGAUAUCUGGUCCAUAUACCAAGUUUUUGAUCUCCCCAUUGGUCAUCUUCCGUUGCAAAAUCCAUCCUACCGAUAUAAUCCUCGUUUCUCCGCUGAAUAUGCCCAUGGCAGCAGAGCCUAGCCUCCUUCAGCUUCUCUGCAUUUGCAGCAACCCGCUUUAGGCCCCUCACAAUUUCGUUUUGUUUCCUGUCACCGAGCAUCCAACCAUUUGACCAUCUCAACAUCUUCAUUUCCGUGGUGGAGAGCAGCCUGAUUUCCUUUCUUGUGGCUGGCCAAGUCUCUGUUCUGGAUGUUAGGGUGGGUCAAAUUACAGUUUUAUACUCUCUCCAUCUUUUAACUUGAUUGGCACCUUUUUGUCACAGGGAACUGGGAUCAUCUCCUGCCAUUGGCACCACACAGCGUUAAUAUGAUGCCAGGCACCUCUGAAGAGAGCAGCAGCAGCAACAAUGACCAUUAAUUCUAGGUAUUUAAAUUAUUUCACUCAUCUAAGCUCUCUGCUGUGAUAUCCUUUUUGGUGAGUCCUGUUAUCAUAGCCUCGGGAUUACCAAUGUCCACUCUAAACCCAGCCCGCUCAAAGCUAUCUUGCUACUCUUCAAAGGGUCUCGCAAUCUUCUGCACUGAUCACAAUACUGAACAUUUUUUUCAAGUUGAAGCAUUUCUUGGAAUCAACAGUGUGUGAAAGGAAAGUCAGAGAAAUAUAGCAAAUAAGGGAUGGCAAUGACUUAUUGCAGCCAUUUUAUCCAUAGCUGCUCUCAUGGCCAAAGCGGGAUUGUUCUCUGUAGUACAUUCUCCAGGGCCUAGUUUUAAAGGACUCCAGAAA